AAGUGAUUGACUUUCUAGGUACGCCGCGGCCCUAGUUCUCUGUUUCUGUAAGGUCAAGUAAGGCUGCCUAAUUAUGUCCGGAAGAGGUAAAGCAAGGAAAGCCGCUGGUGGGAAGAAGCAUACAAAGUCUAACAGAGCUGGUCUAGUGAUUUCAGUUAGUAGAGUUCAUCGGUAUAUGAAGAAAGGCCGUUAUGCUCGACGGACAUCUAUUGCUGCGUCAGUAUAUAUGUCGGCCGUGAUAGAAUAUUUGGUAGCUGAAGUUAAUGAGCUAUCUGGGAAUGCUGCGAAAGCAAACAAAAGGAAGACCAUUACUCCAAGACAUAUCAUGUUGGGUGUUCGAAAUGAUGCUGAGCUGAAUGAGCUAUUGAAGCAUGUUCACAUUAGCCAUGGUGGUGUUUUGCCUUGCAUUCAUCCAGCAUUAUUAAAAAGAAAAGGUGUGCUUACAAAUUCUCCUGGUCAAAGUGGAGCUGCCGUCUCCGGGGCUAAUUUGUCAUCUCGUCAAGCCUCUUCUGGUAUUACCUCAAGUGCUAUGGUGACUUCAUAAUUAAGGUGGUGAACACACAAGCAUGCUAUGCGAUGUAUGUUAGUAGGCUUCUCCAGUCCUAUUUUUAAUCGAUGAUCUGUCAGGGUACACUUUCAUUGUAUUUUAUCCAUCGUAUAAGUAAUAAUAAUAGUUAUUAUUCUAUUAUUUCACUAUAAAUCUAGGUUUGUUAUAUCUAUAUUUUGACUGGAGUGUGAAGUGAAUUAUUUGUAUCGAUAAGACUUAUACUAAUAAGUUGCUUUUAACUUGUUAUCCUAAUAUUAUCGUAUUUGUGUAUUUUUACGUUUCCUCCCGAAUCAAGGGCUAGCAAUCUUCUCAUUUUUGUGUAAUAUUGGCUAAUAUAUAUAUUUAUUUUUUAUCUUGUUGCUUUAAUCGCAUCUGUCCUUCCUGUUCUUAUCUUCUAUCUUUGUUUUAUUGCAUUGUAUUUAAUAAAACAUCUAAUAGUUUUAAA